AUGGGACGCGAUGGAAUGGAAUCGGAUUAUUUAAUGCGUGGCGAGAGACCUCGGGCUGUGGAUGACCAGCAGUACAGACGGGAGCUGGUGGUGGUGUACAAACCCAGUAUGUGUGUAGGUUGUGCUGCAGCGGAGCCUGAGCCUGUAGGUCAGGGUCGGAGGUCGCGCCGCGGGCCAGCCUCCCUCCCGCGCCACCCUGAGACAACACUCACCCUCACCAACACACCCCUGAUCACACACUUCAAUGCUCACAUUCUGUCCGCCUGA